GUUUACAAUUACAAAACUUGAACAUAAACGUCCGGUCCGAGAGCAUCCAAAUUCCGAGAAAGUGGAACUAGUGGAAGAGAAAAAGCGUUCAUGACGAUGAAGAACAGAAGUACCAGAGUGAAAGGAUAAUAUACUGUGACCAGAGUAGGUUUCCGAUUCCAACUUCCCAAGUCGUGGAUGAAUCCUUGGCGAAUGAACCACUUUUAUUUCUCUGCUAUUCAAAAAUAGUAGAGAUUUAUCCGAGAGGUUGAUCAGACUUCAGAUAGGAUUGUUUGGAUGAGCAAAGGUGACUGAAAAAGUAGAAAAGGUGGUUCUGGUUAAUUUUAUUAAAUGAUUAUGAUGAGGCAAGGAAUGAUGGUGAAAUGAGCUAACUCAAUGAUUUUGGUACUUGGACUUGCAGUUUAUCAAAUAUAAUAUCUAGUCCUCUCAGUUUCAGAAUAAAAUGGCCAGCCCAUCUCCUCAAAACAGCCCAAUGCCACCACCUCAGGCACCCAGCCCUAUGGGCCCCCCUCCCUCCCACAGUCCUGCACCGCCUUCUCCUGUUCCUCAACCUCAGUAUCAAGGCCCUCCAACAGGAGCUCCCACCCAAACCCAUUAUCCAAAUCACUCUAGCCAGUACCAAGGACACCCUGGAAUGCCACCUGAACAACAUUCCCAAAUGAUGGGUAGCCCAUCUCCCCAUCAUCAAUAUGCCCCUCAGGGAUACCCCCAGCAAGCUGGGCCUCCCCAUGGACAUGCAGGUCCCCCUCAGGUACAUGCAGGACCUCCUCAAGGUCACCCAGGAGCUCCUCAAGGUCAUGUUAACGCUCCUCAAGGUCACCCAGGGCAUCCACCUUCACAUCCAGGUCAUGUGGCUUCACAGAUGAGAAGGUUCAUCCGGGACAUCCAUCAUCCCAACAAGGUUUGCAAGGCCAUUCCCAGUCACAGCAAAUCCAUCCUGGCCACCCACCACAACAAGGCCAUCCUGGGCACGUGCCACCCCAACAAGGACAUCCUGGGCAUGCGCCACCCCAACAAGGACAUCCUGGGCAUGCGCCACCGCAACAAGGACAUCCUGGGCAUGCGCCACCGCAACAAGGACAUCCUGGGCAUGUGCCACCGCAACAAGGACAUCCUGGGCAUCCGCCACCUCAACAAGGACAUCCUGGGCAUGCGCCACCGCAACAAGGACAUCCUGGACAUGCGCCACCUCAACAAGGACAUCCUGGACAUGCGCCACCUCAACAAGGACAUCCUGGGCAUGCGCCACCGCAACAAGGACAUCCUGGACAUGCGCCACCUCAACAAGGACAUCCUGGGCAUGCACCACCUCAACAGGUUCAUUCUGGGCAUCCUCAACCCCAACAGAGUCAUCCUGGGCAACAUCCAGCUCAACAGGGCCAUCCUGGGCAACAUCCAACCCAAGGGCACCCAAACGUGCCACCCGCAGGGCAUGCUGGUCAAGUGAACAGUCAUACGCCACAUAACAUGCAUCCAGGCCAUUAUCCAGGCCACCCGAUGCAGCAGCGCCCGCCACACCCAGCAGCUGCGCCUGGGCCUCCCGCCCCAGCUGGGCAGCCGCAGCAACAGCCGCGUCCGCAGGCCGCCGAGAACCUGCACGCGCUGCAGAAGGCCAUCGACACGAUGGAGGAGAAGGGCCUGCAGGACGACCAGCGGUACUCGCAGCUGCUGGCGCUGCGAGCCAGGACGACGGCUGCGGCGAGCGGAGGAGGCGCGCAGGCGCUGAACGCCGUGCAGAUGGGGCAGCUGCGCAACCAGAUCAUGGCGUACAGAUGUCUGGCCAGAAACCAGCCGAUCCCGACCUCCGUGCUGAUGGGUUUGCAGGGCAAGCGGCCCGACGGCUCGGCCCAGUUUCCCACACCGCCCUCGAGCCCUUUCCAGGGCCAGGGUGCGGGUCAAACCGCGGCGGCCGACCAGCCCGUGGCAGCCGGCGCCGGCGCUGACGGGCCGCCCGAAGUGGCUGCCGCCGGGCCGCCCGCACCAGGUGCACAAACUGCAGCCAAUCAACAGAGAGGCCCAGGAGGUCAGUUAGUCCCCACAAAACAAAACCGUCUCACCACCAUGCCAAAACCAUGCGGAAUCGAUCCGGUCAUUCUUCUCCAAGAACGAGAAAACCGAGUGGCUGCCAGAAUAGCUGCUCGUAUCGAGCAAGUCAGCAACUUACCCACCGACAUGUCAGACAAGCUGCGCAUCCAAGCUCAGAUAGAGCUCAGAGCCCUCAGGUGCCUGAACUUCCAGCGACAGCUCAGAAGCGAAAUAUUGAGCUGCAUUCGUAAAGACACCACUCUCGAGACAGCUGUCAAUAUAAAAGCGUACAAACGUACGAAAAGGCAAGGUCUGCGCGAAGCUAGGGCCACAGAAAAACUCGAGAAACAACAAAAACUCGAAGCCGAAAGGAAGAGGAGACAAAAGAACCAGGAGUUCCUCAACUCGGUGUUGUCGCAUGCGAAGGAAUUCAAGGAGUUCCACAGGCAGAAUCAAGUCAAGUUGGCUAAGAUCAAUAAGGCUAUCAUUAAUUACCAUGCAAAUGCUGAGAGAGAACAGAAGAAGGAACAAGAGAGAAUUGAGAAAGAACGUAUGAGAAGAUUGAUGGCAGAAGAUGAAGAAGGUUACAGAAAACUCAUCGAUCAGAAGAAAGACAAACGUCUAGCGUUCCUCUUAUCCCAAACCGACGAGUACAUCAGCAAUUUGACAGAAAUGGUGAAACAGCACAAGCUUGAUCAAGCCACCAAGAAACGAGAAGAAGAACGACGAAAGAGGAAACAGCAGAAGAUGGCGGAGCCUGACAGGAAAGUGACAGUCAUCGAGAGGGAAACCGGCAACAAGUUGACGGGUGAAAACGCUCCCACCCUAAGACAGGCUCAGGAGUGGCUGCAGCAGCACCCCGGUUGGGAAAUGGUCGACACAGACGAUGAAGAAGACGAUGAAGAGAGAAGGCGGAACGAAGCUGACAAGGAGAUCGACGCGAAAGAGGUCAUCAAUAAAGCGAAAGUGGAGGACGACGAAUACCACAAGAACGCCAUAGACGAGCAGAACUAUUACAGUAUCGCGCAUACAGUGCACGAAAUGGUUACGGAGCAAGCCUCAAUUAUGGUCAACGGCCAACUGAAAGAGUACCAGAUCAAGGGUUUGGAAUGGAUGGUGUCUUUGUACAAUAACAAUUUGAAUGGGAUUUUGGCCGAUGAGAUGGGUCUCGGAAAGACUAUACAGACCAUCGGUCUAAUAACGUAUCUCAUGGAGAAGAAGAAGCUGAAUGGACCUUUCCUGAUUAUUGUUCCACUAUCAACUAUAUCGAAUUGGAUGUUGGAAUUCGAAAAAUGGGCGCCGACAGUCAUUAUUAUAGCAUACAAAGGAUCACCAGUUGUAAGAAGAACGUUACAAAAUCAAAUGAGAGCAGGAAAAUUCAAUGUUCUUCUAACUACUUACGAGUAUAUUAUUAAAGACAAAGGUGUCUUAGCAAAGUUGCCUUUCAAGUACAUGAUAAUAGACGAAGGUCAUCGUAUGAAAAACCACCACUGCAAAUUGACUCAAGUCCUGAAUACGCAUUAUCUAGCUCCGUACCGCCUAUUGUUGACCGGUACCCCAUUACAAAAUAAGCUUCCUGAAUUGUGGGCUCUACUCAACUUCUUGCUGCCGUCUAUUUUCAAAAGUUGUUCCACUUUUGAACAGUGGUUCAAUGCCCCGUUUGCUACGACAGGAGAAAAGGUGGAACUCAAUGAAGAAGAAACCAUUCUAAUCAUCCGACGUCUUCACAAAGUACUUCGCCCUUUCCUCCUAAGGCGUCUCAAAAAAGAAGUAGAGUCCCAAUUGCCUGAUAAAGUCGAAUAUAUUAUCAAAUGUGACAUGUCCUCUCUACAAAAAGUGCUUUACCAACAUAUGCAGAGCAAGGGCGUUCUACUCACAGAUGGCUCUGAAAGAGGCUCUAAAGGAAAGGGCGGAGCCAAAGCGCUCAUGAACACCAUCGUGCAGCUGAGGAAGCUCUGCAACCAUCCGUUCAUGUUCCCGAACAUCGAGGAGAAGUACUGCGACCACGUGGGCAUCGCGGGCGGCAUAAUGUCCGGCCCCGACACCUACCGGGCCUCUGGCAAAUUCGAGCUGCUAGAUCGUAUUUUGCCAAAACUCAAAACGACCAAUCACCGAGUGCUGCUCUUCUGUCAGAUGACGCAGCUGAUGACCAUCAUGGAGGACUAUUUGAACUGGCGCGGGUUCAAGUAUCUGCGGCUGGACGGUACGAUCAAGUCCGAGGACCGAGGGGACUUGCUGAAGAAGUUCAACGACAAGGAUAGCGAUUACUUCUUGUUCUUGUUGUCGACGAGGGCUGGCGGGUUGGGGCUCAACUUGCAGACUGCUGAUACUGUUAUUAUUUUUGAUUCUGAUUGGAAUCCCCACCAAGAUUUACAAGCACAAGAUCGCGCCCAUCGUAUCGGCCAAAAGAACGAGGUGCGAGUGUUGCGUCUGAUGACGGUCAACUCGGUAGAAGAACGCAUCCUCGCUGCUGCCAAAUACAAGCUCACCAUGGACGAGAAGGUCAUCCAGGCUGGCAUGUUCGACCAGAAGUCGACCGGCUCGGAGCGGCACCAGUUCCUGCAGAGCAUCCUGCACAACGACGGCAGCGACGAGGAGGAGGAGAACGAGGUGCCCGACGACGAGACUGUCAACCAGAUGGUUGCGCGGACGGAGGACGAGUUCCAGCUGUUCCAGAAGAUGGACACGGAGAGGCGGGCGAUAGAAGAAAAGCUCGGACCUUACAAAAAAUACAGGCUGAUCCAAGAGGGCGAACUACCCGACUGGCUGAUCAAGGAGGACGAGGAGGUCGAGACGUGGAGCUUUGACGACCCCGAGGCGCUGCUCGGCCGUGGAACGCGCCAGCGGAAGGAAGUCGAUUACGGCGACAGCUUGACGGAGAAGGAAUGGCUGAAGGCCAUCGACGAGGACGGAGAUUACGAUGACGACGAGGAGGAGGAGAAAGAGCAGGUGAAAAAGAAGAGAGGAAGGAAGAAGAGAAAGAGGGAUGAAUCGGACGAUGACACGGCUAGUAGCAGUGGAAGGAAAAGGAAGAUACCGCAUAGUCAGUCAGAGGCGAAGAUCAAGAAAAAGAUGAAGAAGCUUAUGAGCGUUGUUAUCAAUUAUACUGAUAGAGAUGAACGGCAGUUGAGUGAUCAGUUCAUCAGGUUGCCACCACGUAAGGAGUAUCCAGACUAUUAUACAAUAAUAAAGAAGCCAAUAGAUAUAACCAAAAUUAUGAAUUACAUCGAGGAUGGAAAGUACACCGAAUUCUCGGACCUCGAGCGCGACUUCAUGCUGCUCUGCCAGAACGCGCAGAUCUACAACGAGGAGGCGUCCAUCAUCCACGAGGACAGCAUCGUCCUCCAGUCGGUGUUCUCUAACGCCAAGCAGAAGCUGGAGGCCGCCUUCGAUUCGGAGGACGAGAAGGAGGACAAUAACUCCGACGGGGAGGCCACGCCGCGGUCGAAGGGGAAGGGCAAGUCGAAGAGACGGCCCGGCAGGCCGAAGAGGUCCGCCAAGAAGUACGUGUCGGAUGAAGAUGAUGACGAAUAGGUUGUGGCGCUGGGAGAGAGAGAGGUGGUGAAGCAAGUUGAUUUUCAUUUGGAUUUUUUUUUCUUAUUUUUGAUUGUAGCUGGAUUUUAUACACAAUAAUUCUCAAGAUGGUAAUGUAUAAGUACAGUGUAAUUUAUAAAGUCGGCAUCAUAUCAUGAGAAACACUUUCAUUAAUAAUUUAUUAAAAAAAAAAUGAAAAAUUGACUAGGUACUCGGUUGUGGUCUCGUGACUUUCGCUACAUGUCAAAAGUUGAAUUUUUUUCAAAUUAAUCGCUGAAUUUCGAAAGAGUGCUGAGGACAGAUGUUUCUAUUCCAAUUUUACAUAUGUGUCACGAAUUUGAACGUUCUACAACAACUUCUAGUUUUUGAUAUUUUCUCAGUUUCUACAAAAUGUCUGUGAUAUUAACACAAAUGAACAGUGACAAAACUAAUUCGAUUUUCUUCAGAAAAUAGUAAUCCUUCCUUCAAAUUUCUGUUACGUCUUAUCAUUCAGGAGCGACAUUUAAUUAAAUUUAAUUUUUUUAUCACUAAAAUGAUGCCAAAAUCAUCUAUUGAAAUAUCAUCAAACUACUUUACGUAUCUUACCAGAGUUUAGGGCAUUUUUGUCAAAGUUACAAUUAGAAAAAAUUGAAAAAAUAAGAACUAAAAGUUGUAAUAGAACGUUCAAAUUCGCGACAAAUGUGUAAAAUUGGAAUAGAAACAACUUUUCUCAGUUAACUUUUCUGGAAUUUGCACAAAUGAGCUUAUUUUCAGCGAUUAAUUUGAAAAUAUGUAACUUUUGACAUGUAGCAAAAGUCACGUGACUUCCGACCGAGCCAUUUUUCAUCUCUUUUGAAGCAAAACUUGAUGCCCAAGUCGAAUUUCAAAAUAAAUUAUUGAAAGAUUUUCCCAUAUGAUGCCAACUUUAUGAAUGACGCUGUAGACUGAGAGCCAGCGAUCGGCAGACUUACGGUAUGUUAGCAAACUCCAUAUUGAUGCUAGGUAUACUAUUUCACCUGCCGUAGGUGAAAUGGGAAUGCAUGUCUGCCAUUUGAAUAUCCUAAAGUACAGUGUGUCCAGUUUUCCAUGCUUUUGCGUGAUAUCUCAGUUAUCUUUGGAGAUAUAGAACCUUGCAGUUUUCGCGGUUUUGUGCCACUUUUUUGUGAAACUCAAGAUGGUCUAAUCAGAUUUUGCAGAACUGUUCUCGUUUAUGAGAUACAGGGCGAAUUUGAAAAUUUAUACUUUUUGAAUCCCCUAAAUAGAUACGAAGUUUCUCGGCGAAAAUGUCAAAUUGAAAUCUCGCGCGCACAAUUUUUUUUUCGGGGUUUGAUUUUGGAGAUACGACUCAAACUUGUGAUUUUUAAAAUGAAACACCGUGUGAUUCAUAAGCUAAUUAAAUUCCUAUGUUUUUUCCUUCAAAAUGAUAUACAGUAUGAUGCAAAUGUAUGGAAUAAAUUAAUUUCAAAACAAGACGACUUUCGAAAAAAAACAAAAACUAGAGUUUAGAACUUUUUUUCGGCGUAUUUUUUUAACUAGACGACCCUUAGAUGUUCAAUUCUCAGUAGCAGAACUCUGCAAGAUUCAAUUAAUCACAUGAUAAUCCAUUUUAAUUUCAAUCUUCUUAUGCAACAUUUUGACUGUUGAAUAGACGAUCGGUAGACCUUUCAAUCAAGGUGUCACAUGACCCCUAUUUGUAUUUGAAAAAAUCGUCCAUUACGUCUUUACUCCAACACCGGUGACGUAACAUCUCUCAUAUGAAUAUCAUGAGAUGAGGCUUCAGAAAUUAAAACCCAC